AUGGAUUCUUUACCACUGGAGUUACUUUCCAAUGUUGUCAACGACGUCGACCCUGAAAUUGUGGCGGAUCCUCUCCUGCUGGAGUCACUUUCCACCACUGUCAACGAUGACUCACCUGCUCAGUGCUAUCAUCUUAUCCCACUGGACAUGAAGGAACAAAUCCAUUAUAUGCAUGCCUAUGAGUGGCACUGGGGUAUGGCGAAGGAUACUCUCGAUCUAGAAGCACCGUCAAAUAUCAUAACCUUACGCCCAGACAUGCAUGCCCACCUUCAAGCAAAGUGCUGGGCUCUGAUCCCGAUGCGCAGUGCCAUCGACUCCAUCAUCGACAUGUCCAAGCACAAUUAUUCCUGGCCUGAUUGGCAUGGCGAUGAUCGUCGUCAGAGCAGCUACCCAUUAAACGAAGAUAAAUUGUAUGAGUACGAGCUGGUUCCUACCGGACUCGACCCCCCACUGCACAGCCAGACACUCAGCUCUUCCCGCCGCUACGAUGCCCCAUAUGACCAACUUCCUCAUGUCCUCUCUCGUGUGCAUCCCUACUUUGUCAUUCUCCACUUCAAGAAAAUGGUUUCCGACUACACGUUUCCAUUGACACGGCUUCCUCCCCGAAUGACAAAUAAACUUACGAAUAGUUUGGUUGCCAUAGUCUCCAGAUGGCAGACUGGCAUUCCUGCGUCAUUCCUGGCUCCCCGCUCUUCACGGUGUUCCCGAUCUGAAGCCUGCUUGGACAACGACACUGACGAAACUUCCCCGUCGAAGCGGCAGAAGCGCUCGGAUGGCUCCUCCAAAGUACCAGAAUUGACGAAUGGUGCUACAUGUCCUGAAAAAGGCAUCAAUGCCAAGUUACGUACGACAUCGCGCAUCGAAAACAAGCUACUUUCUGAUGCACCCCUCCCUCUCCUGGAUGUGGCCCAUCUACCCAUUGAGCCAGUCGACAUUCCAGCCUGGCUGAGUGCGAUGCAGUCCGCCACGAGUGCUCCUUCAGAAGACGAGGGCAAGAAUGUGUUCAAUGGUGAGGCUGGGGUUCCAACAGUCAAUGGCGAGCCUCGAGAUCCAACACAAGACAAGGGCAAGAAUGUGUCCAAUGGCGAGGCUCGGGGUCCAACAGUCAAUGGCAAGCCUCGAGAUCCAACACUCGACGCAUACAGAGCUGAGCCCUGGCGGGAAGGCCAGAAGCUCAUCGCAGAUGAAGUCAAGUUCUCCCGCAUUUCGUUGCUUAGUCAGGAGCUCGAUACUGCAUAUUUUAGCAGCCACGAUUGGGCAUGGAAGAAGCAUUGCAGCCGCUUAUGGAGGUAA